UAUGGCAGCCCCCAUGGUCAUGUCGAUAUCGGCGGUGAUCGCAAAACAUUCGAAGAGCAGCUUGCGAUUUGCGUUUAAUCCAAGUAAAAGGUGUCACACUGUUACUAUGGCUGACAGUGCCAAGCUAUGCUCCAAGUUCAGGGGCUGCUUGGCAGGUGCUCUUAUGGGAGACUGUUUAGGCGAACCUUUUGAAAAUGACGAUUACGAAGAAUUGCCUAGUGAAAGGCAAUUGAAUGAUUUUUUCCAGCAGCUGGUGCAAGCAAAAGUAAAAGUUCCCUACAAGAAUUACACUGAUGAUACUGCAAUGACAAGAUGCAUUGCAGAAUCCCUUAUCAAUAAACAAGCAUUUGAUGCCAAGGACAUGGCAACAAGGUCCGUCAAGGAAUACUUCACUGAGCCAGGGCGCGGCUAUGGCUCCAACGUGCCAGUCGUGUUCGGCAACUUGCGCAAACAGGAGUGCGAACAGCCAUUCCUGCCGGCGCGUGAGCAGUUCAACGGCCGCGGCUCCUUCGGCAACGGAGGUGCCAUGCGGGUGGCUCCGGUGGCGCUCUUCUGCCACAACAACGUCCAGUCGCUUAUCGACGUGGCCAAGAAGUCGGCGCUCAUUACACAUGCGCAUCGAGAGGGCUACAACGGCGCCAUUCUACAGUGUCUGGCGGUACACCUGGCGCUGCAGGCUGACCCCGGCCGGCCCCUGGACGGUGCUGACUUCAUCGACAGGCUGAGGACGCACAUGGAGCAGGUGGAGGAGUGCAGCGGCGACGAGAUUGUGGACGCAGGUCGGCUGGCGGCGCCGUAUCAGAAGAUGCUGACGGUGGCGGGCGAGCUGCUGCGCCGGCAGCCGGCGCCCGGCCGCGACAGCGUCGUCGCCCUGCUCGGGCACGACGUCAGCGCCCUCAACAGCGUGCCCACGGCCGUGUACUGCUUCCUGCGCGGCCUCCUGCCGCUGCCCGGCAUCGAGGCGGAGAGUCCAUUCGUGCGCACGAUCCAGUACGCCAUCUCGCUAGGCGGAGACACGGACACCAUCGGCUCCAUGGCGGGUGCCAUCGCCGGGGCGUACCACGGCAUGGAAGCGGUGCCGGCGCCGCUGCUCCAGUACUGCGAGAAGGCGGACGAGGCACUCGCUCAGGCCGAUGCGCUGUUUGAGCUGCUGGAGCGCUAGCGGCUCGCCGAGGCGUCCCUCCGGCCUGUGACGUUGUCUGGUCACGGCCGGAGCCCGCGUCGUGAGGCGCCCCUGAGGUCGCUGGGAGCUCCGCUGCGGCGCGGGGCGCGCGUGAGCAGGAGAUGACAGCAGGCGCUGACUGGCCACCAGGCUGAAGCCAGGCGCUGGAGUGUUCAGGCCACCCCGGGUGAUAAUUUGUGUACGCCGCGCGUGUAGGUGGGUGGUUCGAAGGCUCGAACUUAUGCACCUGUGCCAGUGGCAGGGUCACUUCGCGGAUGCUGCUCGUGUUGUAUUCUGAUCUGUUUGUGCGGGCAUUCGUAAGGUUCGGAAUUGUCCGAUGUUGCCGUUGGUUAUCUUACGAGCUUGCCAUUGUCCUGACGCGAUGCCAGUUUAAUAUUCCUUUUCGGCGGGUCGCUAAGCUUUUUGCGGUAAGCUCUUUGCAGUCGACUCACCAUGAUCAGACAUCCUUUUCCUGUACCGAUGGCCUUCAAGCACAUAUGGCUUCCCAAGUCAAAUAUCUUUUACAGCGGCAUGUUUCAAGGUGACAAUAAAUGAACGAUGCAUGGUGAACAAUGUCCCGCUGCCUCAAUGUCUCGCUGUCCUAUCUGCCUCCACGAUUCCAUGGCAAGAAUUUGCAUGAUUAAACAGUUAAUCAGGGUCAUUGCUUCUCUCCAUCAUUAGCAUGCAUGCCCCAGUGUCGCAAGGUCGCUCGCAGACACAAGUACACGAUGUGGCUUAAUACGAGCAUGCAUUAGGACGCGAUUAAGAGAAUGCCACGGUUCGUGUAUGACUGUCACGAACGCGGUCUUUAGAAAAGCUAACACGCCAACAACGCCAGUGAGGCCGCUAACAAGCGUGCACACACCGAAAUGGUGCGUCACAAGUCACCGGGCCGUCACACUUGGGUUCUUCGGGGUCGAUCCACGCACGUCACCAGACCAGGAUCAGCCGAGGGGCCGACACGCCCAGCACACUGCUACCGCUCGCUGUCCAGCGUUGCUCAAACAUCGCUCCGAUACGAAACACUCUAAAAUUUAUACCGGCGCCGGCCGACUGAUCGAUAGCAUUUCUAUUCGUGCCGCCGCCGCAAUCACUCGCACGCUGAAGAGCGCUGUCGCCGCCGCUCGGUGGCGGGCC